AUGUCAGUCUCACCCCCCAUCACCUACCUUGCAUACCCCACCCUGCCCGUCUCACCCCCCAUCACCUACCUUGCAUACCCCACCCUGCCCGUCUCACCCCCCAUCCGCUACCUUGCAUACCCCACCCUGCCAGUCUCACCCCCCAUCAGCUACCUUGCAUACCCCACCCUGCCCGUCUCACCCCCCAUCAGCUACUUUGCAUACCCCACCCUGCCCGUCUCACCCCCCAUCACAUACCUUGCAUACCCCACCCUGCCCGUCUCACCCCCGAUCACAUACCUUGCAUACCCCACCCUGCCAGUCUCACCCCCCAUCACCUACUUUGCAUACCCCACCCUGCCCUCUCACCCCCCAUCAUCUACCUUGCAUACCCCACCCUGCCAGUCUCACCCCCCCAUCACCUACCUUGCAUACCCCACCCUGCCCGUCUCACCCCCCAUCACAUACCUUGCAUACCCCACCCUGCCCGUCUCACCCCCCAUCACCUACCUUGCAUACCCAACCCUGCCCGUCUCACCCCCCAUCAGCUACCUUGCAUACCCCACUCUGCCAGUCUCACCCCCCAUCACCUACCUUGUAUACCCCACUCUGCCAGUCUCACCCCCCAUCAGCUACCUUGCAUACCCCACUCUGCCAGUCUCACCCCCCAUCAGCUACCUUGCAUACCCCACCCUGCCAGUCUCAGCCCCCAUCAGCUACCUUGCAUACCCCACCCUGCCAGUCUCACCCCCCAUCAGCUACCUUGCAUACCCCACUCUGCCAGUCUCACCCCCCAUCAGCUACCUUGCAUACCCCACCCUGCCAGUCUCACCCCCCAUCACAUACCUUGCAUACCCCACCCUGCCAGUCUCACCCCCCCAUCACCUACCUUGCAUACCCCACUCUGCCAGUCUCACCCCCCAUUAG